AUUCCCGCCUGUCACGCGGGUGACCCGGGUUCGAUCCCCGGCAACGGCGUCGUUUUUUAAAAUUAAAGCUUGUAUUUCCAUGCACUCCUCUCUUCCUUGCCGGUAACUAGACGCAAACCUUCUGAAUUCCUCCUUCAAGGCUCAGCCUACAUCACCCCCUCCAAUUGCAACCAAUUUUUUUUUAAAUCCGUAGAGCUACUAUCAACCGGAUGACCACCGGCCGCCAUAAACUAAAGAGCACCACCACACCAUCCAUCUUAUGGCGUUGGACGGCAUCGUUAACGUUAAUUCCCUCUUUACCCUCGGCCUCUUCCUUGGCUUUGCCGUCAACCCCACCGACCCAACGUACACCCUCGUUGAUUCCUCCGACACCGCCUGCUUCGUGCCGUCUUCCACCGCUGAAAACCUCAUCGUCUUCCAUGUCUACUCUUUUAGUUCGUUCUUGUUCUCCAGCCUAAUUGCUUUUGGGCUCAAACAGGCUAUUAGGACAGCUARAUCCGGCGACACCCGUGUCGAGGUGAACGAUGGGACCAUCGCUCACGUCAAUUUGAGAGUUUUACGAGCUGGGAUUUUGUCGGCUUUUGGAUCCGCAUCGGGAUGUUUGUUUUUGACUCUCGCGUUGGUCGAUUUGAUUCAGAUCAAGCUCGGGAAAUUGGAUUGUUGGAAUUGGUACGGUGUUGCUGCGGUUGGACCGUUGGUGGUCUUGGUGCCUUCGGCACUUGUUAUCUACAUAUGUAUCGAGUUACACGCGUUUACUCGUUAGUUUUUAUAAAUGUAUGAUGAAAACGUUUCAAGUUAAAAAUUGAUAAGAGUUUAUAAUUGGUUACAAACCA